AAAAAAGAUAAUACAAAUUGAAAGAAUACUACAAAAUCUCGGGUAUUAGCAAAGAUCUCGUUACACAAUGGAUACUUAGACACACGUCGCUACAAAUAUUGGAUACAUAGACACACGUCACUACAGAUAUUGGAUACCCAGACACACGUCACUACAAAUAUUGGAUACCUAGACAUACCUCACUACAAAUAUUGGAUACCCAGACACCCGUCACUACAAAUAUUGUAUACAUAGACACACGUCACUACAAAUAUUGUAUACCUAGACACCCGUCACUACAAUAUUGGAUACCCAGACACACGUCACUACAAAUAUUGGAUACCUAGACACACGUCACUACAAAUAUUGGAUACCCAGACACACGUCACUACAAAUAUUGGAUACCCAGACACACGUCACUACAAAUAUUGGAUACCUACACGACACAAGUCUCUAUAAAUAAAAGAUGCAUACAUAUCUUUUAUCUGCAAUUCGUGUAAUGUGAAAUUAGAUGAAAAGAACAAAUUGUUUGUGGACUUUCAAUAUCGGGAUAUAACCACUGUUGCUUUGGCUUUCUUCUACGAUAUUCUGCAACGGGUAGAGUAUACGUAAUUGUUCAAUAUUUAGUAAAAUGUUUAUAUUUAGGUUGAAGUUCGUGAUGACAGCACUAUUGAUUUCGGCCUUGGUUGAAAUAGUUUACCUGGUGAUAAAGUUUAACAUUCUCAUGUCAGAGCAGGAAACAGGUUUCGCUCGUGCCAAUGAGAACGUUGAAGAAUUACAGAAAGAAAAGGAAAAACUGUUAAAAGAGCAGGAAAAAUUCAUAGAGGAACAAAAACAACAACUUCUGAACCUACAAAAACAGCAACAGCAACAACAGGAUGAGCUUAAACAACAAAAGGAGGAGUAUGAUAGAAAGAUUAAGGAGGAACAGGAAAAACAACGUAAACAAGAUGACGAGAAAGGUUUAGGAGGAUUACCAAAUAAACUCGUUCAGCAUGCCGGCGUGCAGGACAUGAUUCCGGAUAUACAGAAUAUGAUGCCUAACAUGAACGAUUUAAUCGGCGAUAUGGCGAAAGAUGUAAACUUAAAAGGCAUUUUCAACAACCAAGAUGGAAACGAUCACGUGAUACACAAACGGGAUCUUAUGUCAGGAAUGGGUGAAGGUGGUCGGGCAGUUCACAUAGAUAAAUCGUCCUUGUCGUUUGGUGAACGAAGUGCCUACGAUAAAGGCUGGAAGGACAACGCUUUCAAUGAAUACCUUAGUGAUAAGAUCUCCUUACACAGGUCCCUGCCCGACCCCCGCGACCACAUGUGUAAAGUGCUUGAAUAUGCUGACAACCUACCGGAAGCCAGCGUAAUAAUCACAUUCCAUAACGAGGCUUGGAGUGUAUUACUCCGAAGUGUACACAGUAUACUAGACAGAUCUCCAGAACAUCUCAUCAAAGAAAUUAUCCUUGCUGACGAUUUCUCUGACCGAGAACAUUUACAUGGACGCUUGGAGGAAUAUAUGAAGGACCUACCUAAAGUUAAAAUCGUACGAAACAAGCAGCGUGAGGGUCUGAUUCGAACGCGACUUCUUGGAUACAGUGUAGCAACUGGUACUGUGCUUAUCUUUCUUGACUCGCACAUCGAAUGCGCCCCAGGUUGGUUGGAGCCUCUUCUGGAUAGGAUCAAAGACAACCCAACAACAACUGUAACACCUUGCAUCGAUACUAUUGACGAUGAUACUUUUCAGUUCAAAUAUUCGCCAGCCGAUGCCACACAAGUUGGCGGAUUUGAUUGGUCAUUGACGUUCACGUGGCAUUCCAUUCCGGAAAGAGAACGCGAAAGGAGAAAUAAUAAAGCUUACGUUCCAGUCAGGAGUCCAACAAUGGCAGGAGGUCUUUUUGCAAUAAACAAAGAGUUCUUCACGCACAUAGGGACAUACGACGCUGGGAUGGACAUUUGGGGAGGAGAGAACCUGGAAAUAUCUUUCAGGAUUUGGAUGUGUGGCGGAACUCUUGAAACUAUUCCUUGUUCCCAUGUUGGACAUAUUUUUAGAAAGAAAUCCCCUUACACCUGGCCUGGAAACACUAAUAUAUUGAAGAAGAAUAAUGUUAGGAUGGCUGAGGUUUGGCUGGAUGAUUUUAAAAUGUAUUACUACGACAGGAUUGGUAAUGAUUUGGGUUACUAUGGAGACAUAUCUGAACGGAAACAGUUACGCGAAAGCCUGCAAUGUCACGAUUUUAAAUGGUUUCUUCAGAACGUCUACCCAGAGCUUUUUAUUCCUGGGGACUCUACAGCAUCGGGGCAAAUAAAGAACGUAGAAAAACCGAUAUGUAUAGACGGCCAAGCAAGCUAUGGAUCAAGCCCAAACCGCAUCAUUCCUUAUCAAUGUCACGGCAUGGGAGGUAAUCAGUAUUGGAUGAUGUCUAAACAGAAUGAGAUAUUACGUGACAGUGGUUGUUUUGACUUCAAUGACGAAGGGUUAUUAGUUUAUUCAUGCCACGGACAAGGGGGACCACAAUCCUGGUUAUAUAGAGAUGACAAUACUCUCUAUAAUCCUGGGAGAGACCGGUGUAUCACGUUGUCAUAUGACUCUACACACAUCACUAUGGAGACGUGUACGGGAGGAAAGAACCAACAAUGGUUAUGGAACAGAAACCCACCAAAAGGACCUACUCGAUACUAACAUACAGAGUCAUGUUUUGUUGAAUCCAAAGAACACAGUCGUGAUUGACCUCACUAACCUACAGAUGAUUAACCUAAACGUCAGACGAGUGUUAACGUAAAGAAUCCACUCGAGACUAAUUUACACUCGUGAUUAACUAAAACGACCUAUUUGAGACUAACAUACAUUGCCAAUGCUGAACAAACAGGACUCGCGCCAUUAUAACCUACAGGUCAAUUUGUGAUGAACCUAAAUGAACUAGUGGCGAUGAAUUGUUGAAUAUAAAGGACACGUGCUCUACGGUUACCAUAUAUGUCUGAUCCAAUUUGUGGUUUCAAGAUACAUUUACACAAUUGUCUGGAGUAACAGUAACGAGGUUUUGUGUCUACUGGUGAUCCAGUCGGUUAAAGUGUCCGUCUAGCCUUCAGUUGUCCCCGUGCAAACCCUUCUAUGACUGUUAUUUCUGUUACAAUAUACUCUUUUUCCAAAAACUAGUUGUGUCUUUUACAAGAAAAUACCCCAGUACAUUGCUGCUACUAUUAGAAAUAGGAAAUAAGAGUGUAACGUGUCUUGACCCGGUGACUGCUGAAGGCUGUACAUAGAUACAAAGGACGUCUUGUGUUUGGAGUGUCCACAGUUUAGUUUAGCAAAUGCUUUUCCGUCACAAAUUUAUCUAGCACAUUGUGUGAUAUCAGUUAUACCAACUUAAUAUUAUGUUAUUAUGUUUAAUUGUCUAAAUGUAUUCAUCUCAAAUAAAUACGAUAUAUGCACAUCUGUCUA